UGAGUCCAACAAGCACUACAAUCUGCCGAGCUGCAUGUCUGACUCAGACCUCAUGAAGACUGAGGAACCAGGCCGCUCUCCCCCGACUCCCAAGAUGGAGCUGCUCAGCCCCUCCAAGGUGAAGGACCGUUCUCAGAACGUGACAGAGAGGGUCACACAGGUACUUUCUCUGGAGUCUGAUGUGCUUCCUGAAUACAAACUCCAGGUGUCAGAGACCACACGGUGGAUCUUGCUUCACUAUAGCCCCUUCAAGGCCUUCUGGGACUGGAUCAUUCUCCUCCUCGUCCUCUACACGGCUGUUUUUACUCCAUAUUCUGCCGCGUUCCUGCUGGACGAGCACGGGGACGUACGGCAAAGGAGUUGCGGCUACACCUGUAACCCUCUGAACGUGGCGGACCUAAUGGUGGACGUGCUGUUUAUUGUGGACAUAGUCAUCAACUUCCGCACGACGUAUGUGGACCACAAUGACGAGGUGGUCACGCGGCCUAGCCGGAUAGCCAAGCACUAUAUUAAAGGCUGGUUCCCUAUCGAUCUGUUUGCAGCCAUUCCUUUUGACCUUUUGAUUUUUAGAUCUGGCUCUGACGAGAUGGCGACGCUAACAAGCCUGCUCAAAACAGCACGGCUGCUACGUUUGGUCCGCGUGGCAAGAAAACUGGACCGAUACUCUGAAUAUGGAGCUGCAGUUCUCUUCUUACUCAUGUGCACCUUUGUACUCAUUGCACAUUGGUUGGCCUGUAUUUGGUACGCAAUUGGCUUUGUGGAAAGGCCAUACACAGAAACUGGCUGGCUGGACAACCUGGCCGAACAACUGGGCAAGGCCUACAAUGACAAUGACUCCUCCUCUGGACCCUCGGUCAAAGACAAGUACGUCACCGCCCUCUACUUCACCUUGAGCAGCCUGACAAGUGUGGGGUUUGGUAAUGUUUCUCCAAACACCAACUCUGAGAAGAUCUUUUCCAUCUGUGUCAUGGUCAUUGGCUCUCUCAUGUAUGCCAGUAUAUUUGGAAACGUGUCUGCCAUUAUCCAACGGCUGUAUUCAGGUACAACCCGCUACCACACUCAGAUGCUGCGGGUCAAAGAAUUUAUCCGAUUCCAUCAAAUCCCAGGCAACUUGCGCCAAAGGCUAGAGGAGUACUUCCAGCACGCGUGGUCAUACACAAACGGCAUCGACAUGAAUGCUGUGUUAAAAGGAUUUCCGGAAUCACUGCAGGCGGACAUCUGUUUACACUUGAACAGGUGUCUGUUACAGAACUGUAAGGCCUUCUGUGGAGGCAGUCAGGCCUGUCUGCGUGCAUUGGCUAUGAGGUUUCGAACGGUCCAUGCACCGCCAGGCGAUACUUUAAUCCACUACGGAGACAUUCUGGACUCUCUCUUCUUCAUCUCCCGUGGUUCCAUCCAGAUCAUUAGGGAUGAUGUGGUGGUAGCCAUAUUAGAAAAGAAUGACAUCUUUGGCGAGCCCAUUCACCUGUAUGACGAGCCAGGGAAGUCCAAUUCCGACGUGCACACGAGCGCUUACUGUGAUCUCCAUCGCAUCCAGAGGGAUGACCUCCUGGAGGUCCUAGACAUGUACCCUAGCUUCGCCGACAACUUCUGGAGGAACCUGGAAAUAACCUUUGACCUGAGAGAUGCUGAUCAGAGUCCACCAGUGUUACCGAGUGAUGAUUCUGGUGACACUUGUGGCUAUCACCACAGACCAAGGCACAGAAUGCGCUCCCUGGACUGCAGGAUUAGGCCUGAUGGAAUUGACCAUGAAGACUCGUACCCCCUACAGCCCUUCCAGCACCCCAGCUCACCUCCUCAGGCCCACUGGGAUGAUCACUGUAGCUGUGAUUCCCCUUGCUCCCAGUCCAGCGACGACCUGUCCAAAUCUCUCUGCCGUGGUGCAAAAAUCGAUCUGUAUGAUGCGGAGGAUCCCACGCAGGACUAUGCUCCCUCUGUCAUGCAGCUACUGCCCCCAAGUGGCAACACGGUGGGGAGGGAAGCAGUACUCGGCAGAGGCCAUAAAGGUUUAAACGUCCCAGGAAUGUAUCAUUACUGGCCAGAGAGACAGUCCCAACAGUGUUCCAGUCGGACGUGGCGAUCGUCUUCCGUCCGCAACUCCUUCCAUCCUCCGCCGUUCACAGAAGAAAGGCCCAGUGAUCUGGAGUCCCGACUUGAGGUUUUGCAUUCACAAAUUAACAGAUUAGAAACUCGAAUGACAGCGGACAUCAAUGUUAUUCUGCAACUUCUCCAGAGGCAGAUGGCUCCUGUACCUCCCGCCUACAGCUCUGUAUCAUCUAGUACACUUCCCUCCAACUCACCAGGACUCUAUGGGACUGGGACCCCAGUCCUGCACAGCCUGUACCCCAUUUCUCCCACACAGAUGGACAGCAGAGCACCCAAACAGGUCUCACCUCAGACUGACCUUCAGUUCACCGAGAAGUCCCAGGAGUCUUUGUCCAGUGGCAUUCAUGUGACUGUGGCGUCCGACGACACCAUGUUCAUGGCGGUCACGCCGGAAACCGAAGCCCAUGUCAGGUUGACGCCACAGAUCCCUGCAGCGCCGGUCACGUCCUCCUUGACGGGAAACUCCAGGAUGUGCAGUGGCCUGCGCUGCCCCUCUCUGCCAGAAAACCUUGACCUGACUUCAGGACUUGAAGGGGUCCAGAAACACCUAUCAGACCCUGUGUUGCCUGUUAUCUGAAAAUCUAGUGAAGCAUCGUAGCGACAUCGUAACUAAAAGAGGACGUGUUACAGCGCAGCCCACAGACUGGUACCGUAAACGGACUCUAGGAAUCACCUGUUACUUCUAGGAUGAGCGAUUGUGAACGAGUAUUGACAAGUAAAUGACCGCAACCCAAGUUUUGGGUACCACGUACCUUUAAGGGAAUCUCUCCCAGUGGUUCCUGAACGCUCUCUCUAUUUACGUACGUUUACGGUCUUUAGCUAACACCACGUAUAUCUGCAAGGAUGAGGGGCCGCCGUUCAAUGUGUCUGCCAGCACGUCGGUAAAAAUAAUAUAACGUAAUAAUAUAAAUAAUAUGCAUUGAUACAAGCAAGCGUUCCAUACGUGUGGCUAACAUUUGUAUACGGAAAGUGUUUUGAAAGAGUUUUAUUUUUAAAUGAAUCAAAAUAGUUAUGGUUGGUAAAAUAUUAGCAAGGACCAUGUAGCGCGCUUCAAAUACCUUACCAAACAUGUGACAACAUAACAGUGGUUUUCCAGUGUUAUAGUGUCUCUCAUAGUGUGCUUAGAGGCAGUCUUAGCUUCAAUGGCGCUAACGUUUUUUUUUUGUUUGUUUUUUUUGUUUUUUUAGCACGCUAGGCAUAAUGUAGCAGAUGAACGCCGUACAAUAAACUGCAGUGCCAGAAAUAACAUAUAGUUUCUACAACAUAUUUGGGGGACUUACAACAGCGGCCACACCUGGGAACACGACUAGUGGAUAAUGUGGUAUCCGAGCGAACAGAAAGAACAAAAAGUUGUAUUUUUAUUUCAAUUUUUUAAAUUUUAUUUUAUUUUAAAAAUCUUCUAGCUAACUUGAAUGCACGAAUGAGUAAACGUCGCUGGGGGAAAGACCUGAUGCAGAAAAUACCACAAGUCUUAAAAUAAAUGUACACAAUAAAAAAAAAAACAAUAACUACAUUAAUAUUUGUACUAAUUAAAUUAUAUAGAAUGCACUUUAUUUAGCUUUGUUGUACGCGUGACAUCCCCUCACACACACACACUGACUGGUCCGAGGAAGCAUUUUUUGCGAUGGUGCAAAGAAGUUUCCGGACCACUGAUCUUCAUUAUUUUGGUCAUCAAAUUUUUUUAAAUUAAUUAAUUUUUUUUUUUUAAUAACAGUGUGAAAAUGGCUGUUCUGGCUCAUUUACAGUAAGGUGAUAUACGGGAUUUUUGUAACAAAAGUAAAAAGACUACUACUAUCAAUAGAUCGCAUGCGAAACAGAAAGAGAGUAA